CGAAGCUAUGUCGCUUCUUUCCGCUUCGUUCGCCACCGUCAGAUGCCGCCAUCUUCCUCCCUCCUCCUGCGCCGCUUCAGACCAAUCUACCCUUCUAAAUAAUAUAUCGUCCGGCAGAAUCGUUAGGAAAUCACAGAAGGAGCAGGCGAUUGGGAACGAGAGCUCACCCUUCGGACCCCGCCUCCCUUUCUCGUCUGUCGCCUUCCGCCCCCUCCCCGCCGCCGUCAGCUACUCCGCCGCAGAUUCCCCUUCCCUCUCCGCCGCCGUCGUAUCUCCGCCUUGUCCUUCUCUCUCACGGUGGAAUCUCGAUCGAAGGCACAUCCUUCUUCUCAAUUUCACCGCCUGCGCUACUGCGAUUUCAGCGGCAUGGCUGUUCUUGUCUGCGAUUCCAGCGCUUUUGGCUUUCAAGAAGGCUGCGGAGUCACUUGAAAAGCUGUUGGAUGUCACAGCUGAAGAGCUGCCUGAUACAAUGGCUGCGGUUAGAUUGUCCGGCAUGGAGAUUAGUGACUUAACCAUGGAGCUCAGAGAUUUAGGGCAGGAGAUAAGUCAAGGUGUCAGAAGCUCCACCCGAGCAGUUCGUGUGGCUGAGGACAGGUUGCGUCGUUUGACUACAAUGACACCUAUGGUAAUCAUGCAGGGGAAAACCAACCCGAGCAAUGAGACUGAUGAACCAGUGGUAGCUAGAACUGCAAGGGAACUGCGGGAGGGGAUUGUGAAUGGGCGUAUGGUUUUCGGAGUAAUUUUUAGUGUCACUCAAAUUUCUCGAUGGGUAUUUAACUUUCUGACUUCACGGAGCCGGAAGAAACAAUCCUGAAAUGAAGCUAGGCUCUUAACCCAAAAGUUUCUGGUGCUGCACUAGCAAUCAGUCACAUAGUUUGUUCUUCGUAGGUUAAUAUGUUUUCUUUUCGAAGGGCUUUCUUCUUUUGUUAUGGUUUUCUUCGAUGCUUUGAAUUCUUUGAAUGAGCUGUUUGUUCAGAAAUCUUCUCUGCAAUGUACUUCUGAAUGAAGUGACUGCUCUUAGAUUAUUAUUCCUCAACAUUUUUCAUUGUA